UGUGCGGGGCUGGAAUCUGACCCCAGGCGUUGGCCGGGUUUCCACGGCAGCCCAGGGCUUAUUACCCGGGCCUCCACCCAGCUGGGCGGACUUCGGACCUGCAGCCAAGGAAAGGGAGGAAGGGGACGCGACAGCGCCGUCAGGGAGCAGCGAGCCCAGCCCGGGUGGCAGAGGGCCCGCGAUGGCCAAGUUUCUUUCCCAGGACCAAAUUAAUGAGUAUAAGGAAUGCUUCUCCCUGUACGACAAGCAGCAGAGAGGGAAGAUAAAAGCCACUGAUCUCAUGGUGGCCAUGAGGUGCCUGGGGGCCAGCCCAACGCCAGGGGAGGUGCAGCGGCAUCUGCAGACCCACGGGAUAGACAGAAAUGGAGAGCUGGAUUUCUCCACUUUUCUGACCAUUAUGCACAUGCAAAUAAAGCAAGAGGACCCAAAGAAAGAAAUUCUCCUGGCCAUGUUAAUGGCAGACAAGGAGAAGAAAGGUUACAUCAUGGCAUCUGAGCUGCGGUCAAAACUCAUGAGACUGGGAGAGAAGCUCACCCACAAGGAAGUGGACGAUCUUUUUAGGGAAGCAAAUAUCGAACCGAAUGGCAAAGUGAAGUAUGAUGAAUUUAUCCACAAGAUCACUCUUCCUAUGGAGGACUACUGAAUGAGGAGGCUACAAGAGAGCUUCCCCUGGGCCUGAAAACUUGGACUGAUUAAUUUUUUAAGAGAAAAGUAUUCUUUUCACUCUAGGGAGAUGGCAAACACAGCAGCGAGAUGACAUAACCCAAUUGUAGCAGAGGAUAAUUAGCAAUAAUAAAUGAUUUCACCCAUGGUAUUAGCAUCUCUUUAAUAAAAGGUUUGUAUUGAUUUUAA